GCCCGGCCCGGUGUGGCGGCCCUGAUGGCGGCGGGGCCGCCCGUGGCCUACGUGUACAGCCCGGAGUACGCGGCCCUGUGCGAUUCCCUGUGCAAAGUGCCCAAACGGGCCAGCAUGGUGCACUCAUUGAUCGAGGCGUAUUCCUUGCUCGACCACAUGAUGAUAAUCAAGCCCAAAGUGGCUUCCAUGGAGGAGAUGGCAAGCUUCCACACAGAUGCUUACCUGCAGCACCUGCAGAAGGUCAGUGAGGAGGGGGAUGAUGACCACCCAGAGUCUGUGGAGUAUGGACUGGGUUACGACUGUCCGGCUACUGAAGGGAUCUUUGACUACGCAGCAGCCGUGGGGGGAGCCACCAUCACUGCAGCCCAGUGCCUGCUGGAUGGCAAGUGCAAGGUAGCAAUUAACUGGCCUGGAGGGUGGCAUCACGCAAAGAAGGAUGAAGCUUCUGGCUUUUGUUACCUGAACGAUGCUGUCCUGGGCAUCCUGCGGCUGCGCCAGAAAUUUGACCGCAUCCUUUACAUCGAUUUGGAUUUGCAUCACGGGGAUGGUGUUGAAGAUGCCUUUAGCUUCACCUCGAAGGUCAUGACUGUUUCCCUGCACAAGUUUUCGCCAGGAUUUUUCCCAGGCACAGGAGAUGUGACAGAUGUUGGCCUGGGGAAAGGUCGCUAUUACAGCGUGAAUGUGCCUAUCCAGGAUGGCAUUCAGGAUGAGAAAUAUUACCAGAUCUGUGAGACCGUGCUGAAGGAGGUGUAUGCUGCCUUCAGCCCUGAGGCAGUGGUGCUACAACUGGGGGCUGACACCAUGGCUGGAGACCCCAUGUGCUCCUUCAACAUGACGCCUGAGGGGGUGGGCAAGUGCCUGAAGUACGUCCUGCAGUGGCAGCUGGCAACUCUCAUCCUGGGAGGAGGAGGCUACAACCUUGCCAACACAGCCCGCUGCUGGACGUACUUGACUGGGGUCAUCCUUGGCAGAUCUCUGUCCUCUGAGAUCCCUGAUCACGAGUUCUUCACAGAGUAUGGUCCUGACUACGUGCUGGAGAUCACACCCAGCUGCAGGCCGGACCGCAACGAGCCGCAGAGAAUUCAAGAAAUUCUUAACGUGAUCAAAGGCAAUCUGAAGCACGUGGUUUAGUGAAGAAGGGAAGGCUCAGGUUCCUGUAACAGCAUUGCUCUGUUGGAGAGAUGUUUCCAGAGCAGCUGAUGACAUUUGUGGCUGCAGGAGGAAUAUGAAGAGGUUACUGUUGGUUCGUUGGUGAAUCCAUUUCUCUUUAAAAAAGCAAAGCCUGCUGUGUGCCAUGGAUCUCCAUGGGUGGGAGAGCGUGCCCUCCAGCCACAGGUUUCCCAGGCCAGCAGAGCCUCUCUUGCUCAUCUCUCUUCCCUUUUUUAACGUGGUUAAAGUUUAUUCUCACAACUGGUUUUAAAUGUUUUUUAAGAGACAGGCCACUGCAAGCUGUGUUUUAAACUGAUGGGCAUUUUUUUUCCACAUAAAAUAUUUGAAAUACUCCA